AUGAUUUCAGGCAAUGGAAAGAGGAAAAAGGAUAAGAAAAUUCCUGUAAAACAAGGAAAGCUACCACAGCAGGAAAACUCCUUUGAUUGUGGCCUCUUUUUGCUCCAUUAUGUCGAGCUUUUCCUUAAGCAGGCUCUUGUUAAUUUUAGUUUCUUCAGAAUAAGCAAAUCUUCCAACUUUCUUAAGAAAAAUUGGUUCUUGGCUGAAGAGGUUUCUCAUAAACGUGCUCAUAUCACACAACUCAUAUAUGAGAUUGUUGAGAAUAAUACCCAGAAAAUUCCCCCGUCUACUUGCGGAGAAAAAUGUUCUUUGGAAUUACCUGACACAGCUGAGGGGGACACCGAUGUUGAGUUUCUUCAUGAGAUAUGCAAUUCACCCAAGGCAUGUCGUGACAGUUGCUUCAAUUCUAACGAUCAAGAGACUGAUAUUACACCACUAGCAGCAACCCUUCUGGAAGGUGGAUCACCCACUGAUGGAAAUUAUCAGCGUAUUGGCCAAAUGGUGUCAACUAAUCGGUUUAAGAAUGUCAUUCCACCAAUUGAGGAAGCUGAAGAAACAGGGGAGCAAACGACUGCUAUGUUGACAGAUAAAGCAGGUUGCAGUCAAAUGGCCGAAGUUACUGAAUCUUCAACAAGGCCAUGUUCUGUCAUAGAUUUGACACCGAUAUAUAUCGAUACUGAGGAAUAUGAAAAAAGUGACAGAUCUCUUGGAAAAUCUCUUGGUCGAACCCUAAUUUUAUUGGACAUACAUAAUGAGGAAGAUCACAGACCUAAAGAAUUGUUAACUUUCAAUCCUGAGAGAGAGAGAGAGAGAGAGAGAAUAUGA